AUCAUCCCCAUUUUCCGACUACCUCCUCCGAUAACAUCGUUUUCUAGGGUUAAUCUUACAGAACUGGCCAACCCUCAAGAAGCUCUGGAGGAUUCCGGCAACGAGAGCGUGGUGCUCGCACUUUACCAUGCGCUAAGCUCUCGAGACGUCCAAGUCGUCCACAAACUCUUAGCACCUGAUCUCGAGUGGUGGUUCCAUGGCCCUCCGUCUCAUCAGUUUAUGAUGCGAUUGCUUACCGGAACUGAUAACGACGUAGCCGACUCUUUUGAAUUCACGCCUCAUUCGGUUGACGCCUUCGGAUCUACGGUCAUCGUUGAAGGCUGCGAUCAACACCGUGAUAUCUCCUGGAUCCACGCCUGGACCGUCAAUUCGCAUGGGAUAAUUACACAGGUUAGGGAGUACUUCAACACUUCCCUUACUGUCACUCGCUUCGGUAACUCUACCAAACCUGUUUCGGUUACAUCAUUACAUUGCCCUUACCUUUGGGAGAGUAGUCUCUCUAAUCGCGUCGGAAAAUCGGUCCCUGGUCUGGUUCUGGCAAUAUAAAUAGAAAUCGCGUUCGUUCAAUAAACAAUAAGUGGAAGUCGAUUCGGAUUGUGAUUUGGUAGCAUCCUGCAUCUGCGAGGAUGUAAGAUCUGCUUUGUGUGGUUCUUAAUUUCGUUUUGUAUUAUCUGUAUUUGGAGACAACUGUAAUCCAUCAUGGAGAUCCUAUCCUGGUUGUGGUCAAUUUAUAGCCUUAAUAUAAAAUCGUACCUUUGUUUUCUGAUAA